UUCGCAGUCGCAGCUGCUGCAGCUGCGCAGCAGCCGCCCCGCCCGCCAGCCGGCGCUUGUUAUUGUUAUUAAGGAAAAUAACCUAGAAACUCUUUUGCCACUCCCAUUAUGCAGCAAAUACAAGAUAUUGUCAAUGGAAAGAAAUACCAAAUUGUUUCAUAUCACUCACUUCUUAUGCUUUUCCGUACAUGUUUCACCCUAUUCGCACUGUGUUUAUUCUUGUUUGGGUUUUUCCCUAUCAAGAAUGUAAAUGUCAGUUUUUCUACUAAAGAAGACAUUCCCUCACGCCUUUUAAAUUCUAGUUUGGACAACAAUAUUUUGUACCACAGACAUAUUGGAAAACUUGUACUUGUGGUGAUUGAUGCAUUUCGAUGGGACUUUGUGGAGACUCCAGAAUACAUGCCUUAUGUCACCGAGCUUCGUAGAUCAAAGAAAGCCCUGCUACUUACGGCACGAUGUCAUCCACCUACAGCAACUAUGCCAAGAAUAAAGGCUAUUAUGACAGGAUCUAUACCAAAUUACGUUGACGUUGCUUUUAAUUUAGGAAGUAAUAAAGUUCUUGAAGACAACUUGAUUCAUCAGUCGGUGGAAAAUGAUCUCAAGGUGGUAUUUUAUGGUGAUGAGCUUUGGCUGAAUCUUUUCCCAGAUAAAUUCAUAAGGAAGGAAGGAACAACAUCAUUUUUAGUUUCUGACUACACAGAGGUAGAUGCGAAUGUCACUCGACGUAUUGGCAAGGAGUUGAAAAAAAAUGAUUGGGACAUACUCAUUCUUCAUUAUCUUGGACUUGAUCAUAUAGGUCACUUGGCAGGCCCAAGAAGUCCUCUCAUUCCAGACAAAUUGAGAGAAAUGGACGGGGUAAUUAAACUUUUGCACGAAAGCUUGCAAAAAUGGGAUUUGGAACAUUCACAAGCAUUUCCUUCUUACUUAGUGGUUACAGGUGAUCAUGGAAUGCACGAUUCAGGUAGCCAUGGGGGUGCCACUUUAGGAGAAAUUCUGGCCUCUCUUCUUCUCAUUGAAAGCACUCCUCACAAUAUCUCUCUGUCAGGAAAACGUCCAGAAGUCUCUCAGAUUGACCUCGGUGCUACACUAGCUGUUCUAUUGGGACUGCCUAUUCCCAAGCUGAGCCUUGGUGCCCUCAUUCCGCAUGCUCUGCACAGACUCUCUGAUGAGCAGUAUCUCUUUGCAUUAUUUUACAAUGCUCAAUUAAUAGCAAAUCAGUUUUUAAAUGCUGAUUCAAACGGAGGCUCUAAAGAUUGCUUUAUCCUGUAUCUAAAAGCUCAGCAUGUCCACGAGUUAUGGCUUAAAAAUAGAACAGAGGACUUAAAGAUUUUAGCAGAAUCAUUGUAUUUUAAUGCAACCCAAGGGAUGAGCUUUUCUGUGGUCAAAAAUCUUGUGACAUUUAAUAUGUGGGCUAUUGUCUUAAGCUGUGGUAUACUAAUUAUGGUUCUGUUUUGGACGAUGUUAGUCCUGCAAAGUUUCAGUCUGAGGACUGCAUGCAAAAAUUUGUCAACCAUUACAAUUUUUCUGCUUGUUGGGAGUAUUUUGCAUGCUGUAAGCUUAAGCUCGUCUAGUUUCAUUGAAGAAGAACAUCAAACUUGGUACUUUCUUUGGAUCACUUUCCUGUUAUUGGCAAGUUGGACUAACAGACCGAUAGGAAAUGAGUUUAGUUCCAAAUUUGCUCUUGUUGCUGUGUUGUUGGGUCACCGGUUUCUACGCAAGUUGAAUCAAACUGGGGAUAAAUGGGCAUCCCUUCCUGAUAUUAGUGAUUGGCUAGAAAUGCCAGAGCACCAAAUUUGCCUUACACUGGUAUUUCUCCUGGGUUUGGUAGGAGUUUGGACCAGCUUAUUGGGGCUGAAAUGUGUUUCCAAUACAGUUGAUAAGGUUCUGCAUUUUUGUGCUUUACUCUGUACUUUGUUUUAUCGAAAUGAUGUUGGUGACAUCUUUCUUCCAUACCUCCCUUUUAUCUCAAGUAGUGGGGUCAAAGAAGUAAAGGCCUUUUGGUUUUUGAUAUUGCUGUUUUUCUUAAGAUCUGUGGCAAACAUUCAACAAAAAUGGUCUAUGAAAAGAGCUGUUAAGAUACUUCUUUCAAUAUUGGUUUUAGUCAGUACACUGCUUUUACAACCAAGCAAUGUCAUUCUUAUUUCAUACUUAGUAUUAUCUAGUUUUACCAUUCAAGCCUACUUCAAAGAUACAAUCAAGUGCAGCUUUGGUCAUGUGUGGCUAGGAACAGUUGUUUAUUUUUAUCAGGGUAAUUCCAAUAAUUUAGCCACCAUUAAUGUUGCUACUGGUUACAUUGGUGUGGAACAUCAGAAUUUGAUUUCCGCUAGUUUACUGGUGUUAUUUCAUACUUUAACUUUCCCCAUUCUGGCCUUACUACUUUUAUGGCUGCAAUUUGCAAAGGAACCAAUAACACCCCUCAGGAAAGCGGACAUGCUCAUCAGUUUAAACGUAUGUUUUCUGCUGCGCCUACUGCCUUUGACAGUAUAUUUUAUUGUGAUUACAAUACAAAGAGAACAUUUAUUCAUAUGGUCCGUAUUUGCACCCAAACUUUUGUAUGAGACUGCCCAUUCUCUGAUUUGUCUUGUCAUGAUGGCAUGUGGUUGUCUGCUAACAUUUGUGGACAGUAAAUUGAAAGGUGGUGUAUGACCUUUGUCAUGUUGAUAAUUGGACAGCAUGAUUUGACUUAACAAGGUCAGCAGUAAAUAAAAAAAAGUUUUUAAGUAAAGGUCA